UGACGUUAGGGUAUGUGGAACUAUGGGGCGGGGGUGGUGACCUUAUAUACUGCGCUCUUAUACUGUUAUAACCACGCAGCUUAAAGUUAACGUUCGUUUAGCACAGAGUGCGCCGUUUUAGUAAGGGUCGGUGGCGGUGUCGAGCAGGCGCGCUCGACAACGAUUUUCCCCGCUCGUGGACGGGGAAACAGCGGUGCAAGCCAACGAACACACAUACACACACACACACACAAACAUAAUUUCACGCAAAAGUACGCAACACACCACUGCGACACAUCAUUCCUCCCAACUUUAUAGCGCUAGUGCGUCCACCUACAUUAUAUUAUAUACUACCACUGUCACCACAAUAUCCGGCGUUGGCGCGGCGAUCGUUGAACGCGAACCGCACUGUCCGCUGCAGAUUUGUCGUCGCUCGUACUAAACAUGUUGCUGCUGCUGCGGUGAACGGGAGAAUAAUCGAAUAUACUCGCAGUGUGUAGCGAGUGGUUCCGAUCGGGAGACCUGGAUAUCGGGCAAAUGGCACCCAGGGACAACCAGGAGCUGGUGCCGCUUACCGACGGCAGCGGCCGUCCAAACGAUGACGACGAGCUGGAAGGCCAACAUACGCAGAAGAGAUCGACCGCCACGUGUUUAGACGACAACGGCAGUGACAGCAAAGGGCUGACAAACAGAACGCCGAUAAACGAUAUGAAGACGUCCAUGCUCGCCUGUCAGCAGGUCAUCGGACUCGGCACUCUCUGGAGAUUUCCCUACGUGUGCCUCAAGUAUGGUGGUGGUACUUUUUUAAUACCAUAUAUGGUUAUUAUGUGCUUAGUGGGUUAUCCAUUACUUAUUAUGGAAAUCGGAAUCGGUCAAAAAUUGAGACAUAAUAGUAUAACAAUAUGGACAACAAUUAAUCCUCAAUUAGGAGGUAUUGGCAUGGUUAUAUGCUUAGUUAAUAUCGCUAUGUUUUGCUAUUAUGGAACUAUCAUAACUUGGGGAAUUAAGUAUAUGAUUGACAUGAAUAAGUUUCCAGAAUUGUGGCCCCCACAUGGUCAACCAUCUAUUGAUCCCAAAAGAUCUCAGUCAUUCUGGCACAAGACUGUAUUAAACGUAACAAGUUCUAUGGAUGAAACUAGUGAGAUACAAACGGUCCAAGCAUUUUCAUUGUUUUUCACUUGGUUUUCUUUAGCUAUAAUGCUGACAGCAGCUUGGAUUACAUUUAAAAACAAGUAUAUACAAGCACUCAUUAAUUUUUCGAAUUCAAUGUUUCAAAGUUUACCGUUUUAUAUUCAAAUCAUGACAUGUGUAAUCCCGCCUUUUUUGUUAAUUGUUGUAUACAUUGUUGAAUCAGGUUAUGGGUAUAUUAGCUUCUUGUAUAUCACGUCAGUAGAGCUAAAAGACUUGUUGGUUUUCCCGAUUUGGGUUGAUGCAGUUAUCCAAGUAUUUUGUUCUUUGGGAUUAGUGCAUGGUUCAUGGACGUCUUUCGGUUCAUCUUCUAAACGUAAAAGCAAUUUUCUGUUGACUGCUACAGUAGUGGUAUCUUUCAGUUUCAUUUUAGUAUUUGUGUGGACUUGGUUUAUAGUUUCCACAAUAAUACCAAAUGUAUUACAAGACAUUAAAAAUUGCGUAAUCGGAUCAGCUUACAAGUGGGAUAAUUCUAAAGACAUGCCUGCACACAUAUUUUAUAGCAAUAAUUAUGAUGCACUAAUUGCUAGUCGAAAAUUAGACGAUACAUUGAUGAGUUUUGAUGUACAAGAAUGUAAUAUGGAAAAUCAAUUUAAAUUGGCUAGUAAUGGUAUUGGCCUAAUUUUUAUAGCCCUCGGAGAGUUUACCACAAGUUUUUCGUUUGAGAAAAUUACUGGCUAUCAAACCAAAAUUGUCAUUAACAUUCCACAAAUAUUAAUUCUUACAAUUGGUACAGCAUGGUUGAUACGUUUAUUAAGCUGGUUUGUCUGGGCACUUGCUGAAGUUAAAUGUUUAAAAAAAAUGUCUAAAUUUUGUAUUUCAAGCGUACUUUGUACAAUAUGUUGUGUCUGUGGAUUGGUAUUUACUACUAGAACGGGUGUUUAUUGGCUGUCAUUAUACAAUGAAGUUUUUAUCAACCCAUGUUUAACGGUGUUAGCUCUUUGUGAGGUUCUAAUUAUUGUAUUCAUUUAUGGAUAUAAACAAUUUUUACUUGAUAUUUAUGAUAUGACUGGACAUACAAUUGGUCGUCUAUCUAUUUUCAUCUGGAGACAUAUUACUCCAAUGUUGCUGAUAUUAACAUUCUCAUCUAUAUUGACGGUUGGCAUUUUAGAUGGUUUCAGAUAUGAAGUUUGGACACAUAGAAGUAAUUUCUUAACGAAGAUGAGGUAUCCAUACUGGGCUCAACUUAUAAUUUGGGCGAUUACAGCUAUAUGUCUUCUAUUAAUAUUAGCGUUCUGCAUGGUGGAUAGUCGACAAAACCUUACUUUCAAAUUUUUAGAAUCUCUAAAUAAAGCAAAAAAAACUACUUGUGGACAUAUCAAGCGAUCAGACUCAGGGUUGUCUGGAAAAGGAAUUAUAACAGAAAUUGAUUUUGACGAUUGUCAUGAUUCAGAAAAUGAUGAGGAGUUAGAUACUUCAAUAGCCCAAGCUCCAGUACGUAUGUAUAAAAUUGAGGUUCUCGAUUCUUGGAAAUCUGCUAGAGGUCAAGUUUACCUUUAAUAUGGGACUUUAUACACGUCAUGAAGUUAUAAUUAUGUUGUAAUAUUUUAUUAAUUAAAUGUUAACAUCUAUACUAUGAUUAUAUUAUGCAUCGAUGUGAUUUAAAUUUUAAACUACCUAUACAUUAAUUUAAAUAACUAUAAAUCUAUUUUCAAUUAAAUGUAUUUCGCAUAGGUAUACUAGCUAUAUGUAGUAACUAGUAGAUACUAUCUAUCUAUAUUCAUUUAGUGAAUUCGAUAUCAAUAUCAUUUGUUUUCCAAAAUGACUUAAAGACCUAUUCAUGACUUAUCUUGAUGUAAUAUAUAUAUACCUUAUAUAAAUAAUAAUAUGCGUGAAGUAUCUAUUAACAAAAGGAUAAAGGCCAAAUUGUUUAGAUCAAACUAUUGAAGCAGUAGUUCUGCGAAUAUAAUAUUUGUGACUGACUAAAUUUUUAUAAGUACUUAAAUUUUUGAACAAAUGUAUUAAUAUUACAUAACAUAAUCGAAGUACCUGUGACCUGCCAACUAUUAGCGAAAAUAGACUAAUGAUUAGUGAAGAAGCAAAUGUAUUGCUCACUUAAAUCUGCUAAUUACUGUUACACUAUAAGCUCUAAUGAAUUAACAAUUAAGAAAAACAUGUAAGUGUUGUGAAUAGAACAUAUUUAAAAGAAAUAUAGGUAAUAUAAAUUAAAAAUAAACAUAAUAUUGUAAAUUGUAAUAACAUGAAAGUCUUAUGCAUUAUACAUAAUAUAACAUAAUAUAUGAUAUGUAUUUCUAGAAAUUCCAUAUUUUCUUGAACAAAAUAUUUUGUAUACGAUUUAAAAGAUUGUUAUUAAAUAUAGAAGAUUUUCGUGUGCCUACAUUUUAAGAUUAAAUUAAAUUAUAUAAAGAUCACACUAUAGAAUGUAAUAAUAAGUAUACUGAUCACAAAGUUAAAUUGUGCAUGGCAUAUGUUUACAUUUUUAAAUCCCCACCGAAGUCACCAAUUUCUAUUGUCAAAAUAAUAAAAAUAUAAUAGGUAUACUGUUAUGUUCUCGGGCACUUUGUUGCUCUUAAGAAAUGCAUCCAUGUGAAAGUUAAUGUUUAGCGUUACGCGAGUGGGAACUUCAAAGCACCACAAUAAAAGCACAAAUUAAUCAUUUGACCAAUAUUACGACUACGACAUCACAAUGCGUUUGUAACUAUAUUUAUUUUCAUUUUCGUAAUUGAAUGCCAAUUUUCUGAGAUCGAUUUUAGUUUUUGAUCAACACUAUCGUAAGCAUUCAGCUUCACGCUGUGUGUUUAGCUCUUUGUAUGCUUCAAUAGUUCUUGAAGUAGAAAAGCUCUGAUCCAGUCUGUUUCCCAGCUUGCGUUUCGUUUUAAAGAUCUAAUAGCUGAAAGUAGACGCGCAUGUCUAAAUUAAUCUUCCAAUGUUUGAUAUAUAUUUUUUUUUUAAAAAUCCCAAUAAUACCCAAUAUUUUUUUUUUUUUU